AGAGAGAGAGAGAGAGAGAGAGAGAGAGAGAGAGAGAGAGAGAGUUAGUACAACAACAUUGUUCUGGUGUGGAGUAGCAGAUCCCAGCUCACUGUCUUAGUUAACAGAAGAGGAUCCUGAGGGCCCACAGAAUCUAAAUCUUAGAACUUGUGACCCGAAAUGUCCUCAUUCUAUCACUUCUCAAUGAGCCAAAGAGGAAUGGAUUGAAACAAAGGGAAGGAUACGAGACUCCAUAGGACGAUGAGAAGACCUGCUAUCCCAGAAGAGAGAGAUAAACAACACUUUAGCGGCAGAUUCUCCCUCUGUGCAGCACAGUCUGCCCCAGCUGGCAUAAGAGAUCAAAAUCAUUAGAGCCUGGCAUUUCAAAGAGGGCUAUCUCAUAAACAAUUGAUCUUCACUUUUUUGGACUUUUGUAAACCCUCGGGCCCCCAGACAGAACAGAAAGAAGAAAAAAGAAAUUCUUUCUGUGAUCUGCACUGUUUCUGAUCUCUCUCUUUCUACAUUUUCUCCAUCCUCUUGUGACAAGUCCAUAUAACAACAUCAGUAAAACCUUCCCAGGAAACGAAGACUGACAUCAGGUCCGGGUUGAUUCAAAACAGGAAGUGAUCUGACCUGAACGUAACCUUGAUGCAGCUGAUUGAAAUGGCAUUCGGCAGUAACCCUUUCGGACAUCCUUGUGGACCAGUUCAGUAGACACUCGGUAACAGCGACUGGCUCAAUCUUCAUUCUCCUAUUCUGCGAUUGGCUUGUUCUACUGAUGACUCCAAAGAGAGGCUGAAGAUUCUGUUUCAGCCAUGGAGAAAAGGGAGGACACCAUCUUGGAAUUCUUCAACAAUGUGUGGCACUAUGCCACAGACAAGCAUGACCAGGGGGUUUACAACACCGUGUGCCUGGUGGUCCUCCUGGCGUUGCCUCUGGUGGUCCUUCUCACCUCCCUGGUGGUGUGCUGUCACUGUUGCUGCUGUCGCCAUGCCACCUGCCGCUGCUGCAGAGAGGGUUGCCGAGGCAGAGCCAAAUCGGACAAGAAGAAGAAGAACUCAACCAAUGAGGACCUGUGGAUCUCUGUGAAAACGGGACCCAUGACCCCAGACAGAGUGGCUCUGACUAUGGUGUAGGAGAGACUGCUGUACAGGGAGCACAGGGCUAUUUUCUGGUUGAGGCGGGUGUGUUUUUUACUGUUCGGUACAUGCUGGGUACUGCUGUUUAAUAUGCUCAAGUGAAAGACUGAGGUUGCUGACAUGAGGUUCAGAGAGGGAUCUAAGUGUCAAAGAGUGUCUGUGUGUGUGUGUCCAUGAGGAGUUAUAUACAUGUGUCCUAGAAGACCAGAACUUUGUCUAUACAGGCCCUGUUAUCCUUUUCUGGACUUCAGUAAACCUUCACACAGAUCUCAGAGAGUAAAACUAUGGGAAAGAUUGACUCUCAUCAUUAGCCAGGUACAGUUCAGUUUGGGGUUCUCAAACCUAAACCACUUAACUCAACCGUGAGUUGUUUCAAAGUGACUCCUGCCUUGAUUUGGUUACAAACUUUGUUUCAUGUGUCAGAAUCUAGCCUGUCCAAGUUGUUGUCUUCUAAGAACGUGAGAACUUCCAACUGUUGGAGAUGCAGGGUAGAGUCAAGGCAUGGUGAAACGCAUCAGCUUACGUAAACAGCAGCUAUUUAUUUCCACCAAUCAUGUUCCCAGCUUUCAGGCAUCAUAUUUUUCACCAUUCUCGUAGUUUCCGUGACAUUUGGCUAAAGGGUGGGAAAAUUGCUUUUCCCUCUGCAAAAGUUUUCCUUUUUAGAUCCUAAUAGUGAAUAGGAAGGGAUUUGCUGUUGGUUUGAACAGACAAGCUGUCAUAGCAGAUACUUUCACAUUCUGUCUCGGCCCAGCUUUGAUCAAACCCAAUUAUGCAUGAGAAUGUAUGUUUUAGCACCCUUUGUUGCCACCCCACGAAAUGCUGAGGUGAUCGUUUUUUCCAGUCAAUAGGACUGCAUGCAUUAUUUAUCUUGUCACAUUCAAUGGAGAAAACAGGGACAAAUAAUAAAGUAUUUUUCUAGCUUUGUUGA